AUGACUUCUAUAAAAGAGCAGGCAGCAAUUAGCAGGCUGUUAAGCUUUUUACAGGAUUGGGACAAUGCUGGCAAAGUUGCAAGGAGUCACAUCCUCACCAGCUUCAUUGAAACCAACCAAGGCAAGACUGCCCCCGAAUUGGAGCAGGAGUUUUCCCAGGGAGCCAGCUUGUUCCUGGUACGGCUGACUACCUGGCUUAGACUCACCUAUAUGACUGGCUGUUGUUUAGAUAAGCUGCUAAAGUCCAUUGGCAUCUUCUUGUCAGCAGUAAGCAGUAAUCGGUACCUUAUAGAAUUCCUUGAGGUUGGAGGUGUCCUAACACUCUUGGAAAUACUUGGGCUGGAGAAAAUCAAGGAGGAGGACAAGAAGGAAUCCAUCAAGUUACUUCAGCUUAUUGCAAACUCCGGCAGGAAGUACAAAGAGCUCAUUUGUGAAAGCUAUGGUGUCCGAUCCAUAGCAGAAUUUUUGGCCAAGUCUAAGUCAGAAGAGUGCCAGGAAGAAGUGCAGGUUUUGUUGGACGCAUUGGUCCAUGGUAACCCUAAAUACCAGAAUCAAGUAUACAAAGGUCUGAUAGCUUUGCUGCCCUGUGCAUGCCCCAAAGCUCAGCAGCUGUCCCUGCAGACUCUCAGGACCGCCCAGUCAAUCGUUGGAACCACACACCCUAGCAUCGUGGACUGUGUGCUGAAGGUGCUGCGCACAAUGCACCUGGAAGUCCAGUAUGAAGCCAUCGAGCUGAUCAAGGAUCUGGUCAGCUAUGACGUGCGCAAGGCAUUGCUGGAGGGCCUCGUGGCGCUGCUGAUACCACCUGUAAAGGAGACCUCCAAACUGCAGCCCAAGAUCCUCAACGACUCCUCCGUGCUCCAGCUCACCGCCCACCUGCCAGUGUUUUUGCAGCAGGCCGCAGCCGCCAAGGCUAUCGGGGUCCUAGCGCGCAGCAAUCUGAGCAUCGCCGAGGAGCUGCUGCACCUGCGCGUGGUGCACAGUCUCAUGGCCGCCAUGGGCAACACGGACCACAGCAACAGCCAGCGGCUGGCUAGCCUCACGCUGGAGUACUACGUGCAGAUGUUUCCGGUGGUGGAGGAACACGUGCGCAGGAGCAUGGGGGAGGAUCUUUACAAACUCUUCACAAGCAAUGCUGAGGAAUUGUACAUGAAAAUGGACAGCAUUCAGGCAGACAUCUUGGCAGCCAACAAGGUCAAUGUUACCAAAGCCUUAAACCCCUCUGAUGUCUACAGCAACAUGAGCUUUUACUUUGGCCAUCCUGAAAAUGAGGAUCAUCUGAGCUACAUCACAGACUUCCAGAAGAGGAAUAUGGAAGCAAUGGGAGAACAGAGCCCAUGA